AUGGCUGCUCAGCAAGUCUCGCAUGGUGACAUGGGCAGCCAUGACCAUCCACUGAGCCUAGCAUCCUUGAGUCUGGAAUCUCUUCCCGCCACGACUUUCUCCUGCUUUGGAGACCUACCUUUUGAGCUCCAGAACAUGAUCUGGGGACAAGCCUAUACUACCGUGAAAAUCAACAUCAGACUGAUUGUAUUCACAAUUACUUUGGUCGAAGACCCCAAAAGCCCCGGCAAUGAUACGAUGUGCUUCUCCCGAGACGCACACGCGGCAGCGUCUACUCGAAACCUCAGAAGCCUCAUGUCAGUGUGCCGACGAGCACGCCAGAAGGUACUUGAGUUUGUCACUACCUUGACCCUGUCAUGUCCCAAUCCAGCCGACGGCAAGAUUUCCGAGUACAUGAUUCCCUUCGACUGCGAGGACACCUGCUUCUGCAUUCAAGGAUGGCAGGAGCUGCCUGGACCUCGCAAGGCGAUUCAUAACACAAAGGGUCUGGACUUUGCAAGGAAAAUCAAACGGCUCGCAUUUGUAGCCAAAGACUACGACGUCCGAGAACGACCGGAACAUGAAUUGCGCGACUGCAUCAGUGAGGAGGUCAAGGAAGACCUUGAGACUUUCUUCCUUCUGUUUCACAAUGCUGUACAGAUUGCCGGCAUCAGCACCAGUGCUUUGGGAGCUAGGGAGAUUCUUGGAGAGGAAGAUUUUCUGUCUUUGUUUCUGUUCCAGCCCAUCAUGCAGAAGAUGAUGGUAGACGGCUUUCCUAUCACAAUCCCAUAUUUCGACCGUUUUCGCAUGAUCUACCAUGCUUGGCAUGCCGCCUUCGUCAAUUUGGACAGCAGAGUACGGGCCGCACUUAGCCCAGAUCGCAUGAGAAGUUGA